UUGACAGAGCAGCGGGCUCAGCCAACAUCCCGCUGGAGAGCGCUGGUGCUGGGGCUAGCCGAAUCGCUGCCAUGGACGAGCCAUAUGCCGACGAGCCGUAUCCCGACGAGUCGUAUGCCGACGAGCCGUAUGCCGACGAGCCGUAUGCCGACGAACAGCAUCCGGGCGGUGUUCCUGGCGCCGCUCGGCCGCUCUCGACCAAGCUCAGAGAAAACAACUACAAUGUCCAGCAUUCGCUCCACAGCGUCAUCCGCCUGAGGCCCGAGGAAUACACCCGAACGUACCUCCCGCCUCGCGAGCGAGCACCGAUCGAGGAGGACAGCAACGACUCGUCUGUUUGGGACCCGUCCGUGGACACCACCAAGAAGACGAAAAAGUACGCAACCACCUAUCCGCGCAGCGGCGAGCUCAAGAUCACCAGCCUCUCGGUCGAGGCUGUCCGGCAAGCAUUCGAUCGUCGCCUCCGCAGAAGGUUUAAGCAACUCCUCCGAUCCGUCGAGCUCGCACCGCCAAUCCAGGCGUAUGAGCGCUGGGUCUUCAGCGCCUGGAGCAAGUCGACCAAGAACCAGCGAAAGGAUCCCAUCAUGCCCUUCAACAUCGUCGUCGAGGAGGGGCUUGUGUCGGAUCUCGUCCGCGCUGGCAUCAAAGAAGCCGUGGCCAAGAAGAUUGUCCGUGAGUUGGGAAGGGAAUCGACCCGGCUUGUCGAGAAUCUCCUGCGAUUGCAGAAGCAGGCCGAUCUCGAACCUGAGGCAGCAGAUCCGGCGGCUUACGAGCAAGCAAAGCCAGCAGAGUCUUCUCGGCCGACCAGUGCAUCGAAAGUGAAGCGCACCGAGUCCAGUAAACGGUCAGCGAAGGCCGUUGAUAGUAGCAAUAGCGACCGCGCCGAUCGGCACAGCCAGAACGACGGAUCGGGCGCCGAGAGCGAUGGCGAAGACGAGGAUCCCGACCACGUUGUGCUCCAGCGCAAGUCCGUCGUGAUCGCUCGGCAUCACAACAGCAUCGAUGUCACCUACGGCGCAAGGUCCUUUUGCAAGCUGACCCCGGCCCACCACGACAAACUCUUGGAGCUGUUCAAGCGCUACUCUGGCCAGCCCGAGGAAAUGUUCCCGCAAGCACUGAUGGCGCUGCUGAUGCGGUACAAGUCGCUGCUUGGACAUGGCUUUCAAGCAGCAAUGCCGACCGCGGCCAUGAAGGUUCUCCAGCGCGAGUUUGGCGUCGAGUUCGAGUGCUUUGCCUCGCCGCUCAACACUCGCUGGGGGCGCUAUUGCUCGGCCUUUAUCGACACGGAUGGCCCCUUUGGCUCGCUUGGGGACUUUUUCUCGUUCAAGCCGUUCGAGGGCAGCUAUGAGGUCAAUCCUCCGUUCAUCCGCCCAGUCAUGGAAAAGAUGGUGACCCACAUCGAGUCGCUCAUGGAGGCUGCAGAGGCCGCGAAGAAAGCGCUCUCGUUUGUUGUUGUGCUUCCGGGGUGGGAGGAAUGCUCGUCGUGGUCAGCCAUGAAGACGUCGAAAUGGCAGCGGGACGUGCUGCUCCUGCGUGGCGGCGAUCACGGAUUCUUUGAUGGUGCUCAACACCAACGGCUCGACAAGUACCGUCCCUCCCCUUAUCCUACGGGCAUUUUUUUCCUCCAAACGAGCGCCGCCCAAGUAACGUGGCCGGUUACGAAGCUCAAGCUUGCCAAGCUUCAGUAUGCCAUGCAGUGUGCGCUGCCUUCGGCCUCAGAGUCGACUCGGCGAUUCAGGACGGGCCGAGGAUUCGGCCAUCUUGAUGGCGGAGGCGGAGUGUACAAGGGAAAGACGAAAAACAAGCGCAAACGCGAUGAUGCCGGUGACGACAACUACGCCGAUGGCGACAAUUACACCGAUGGCGACAACUACACUGAAGGCGAGACGAUUCACAGCGCAUCCUAAACGGACCAGGACAGCCAUAGAGUCCUUUUCUCUUGAUCAUGAAUACACACCCAUCCAUCGCCCGUCAUCACCAAACA